AUGCCUUCACUAGCUGAACAAGCGGCCAGCCUCGCUCUGUCGACCUUUGACUCCCUGCCUCAGAAAUGUAAGCCUCGUACGCUUGCAGAUGGGAGAAGAGAAUGGACACCCAUGGCAGCGGUGGUGUUGGCCGAGGCCGGAGACACUCCACAAUUGACUUGUGUGUCUUUGGCAACUGGAACCAAAUGCCUUGCUGCAUCUGCACUCCCAUCUUGUCGAGGAUCUGUUCUCCAUGAUUGUCAUGCCGAGAUCCUUGCCUUGCGUGGAUUCAAUUACUGGCUGCUUGCUGAGCUUCAGAAGCUCCUCGAAAAGCCAGAGCAUGAGUCGUCAAUACUGGAGUCUGCCAAAGCAGAUGGCACCGCCCCUCGGCAGAUGUCCAUAUCAACACCUCAGGCUCCAUAUAGACUCAAAUCCACAAUCUCCAUUUACUUUUUCACCACCGAGGCUCCUUGUGGUGAUGCAUCCAUGGAAAUAUUGAUGAGCUCAAUGCCUCCUCACGCAGCAACCCCUUGGUCAGUUGAAGAUAUCAACAAUACCGUUCUUCAGGGUCGAGGUCACUUCUCGCUACUCGGUCACGUUCGGAGAAAGCCUGCCCGAGCAGAUGCGGAACCAAGUCUAUCCAAGUCUUGCACCGACAAGCUCGCCCUUAAACAAUUUACGAGCAUUAUUUCUUUCCCUGCCGAUCUUUUCGUGCAAAAAACGGAGAAUGCAUUCAUUCGGACCACCCUGGUGUAUGCUGAUCAGUACAAUUCCACUGGAUAUAGAAGGGCCUUCUCCCCAUCAGGCAGGUUACUGAACGUCGAGCACUUAGGGCACUUUUUCGACAUUGUAACACUCCCUCCGGACUUUCCGCGUUUUCUUUUCAGCAAAGAUAAUCGAAGCUCCGAGCUGUUGAGCCCUAACAGGACGAAAGCGAGCAAUAUAUCUGCUUUAUGGAUCAGACACCCAAGCCAAGAGGAGACCGGCGUUCUGGAAGUCUUGAUCAACGGGGUCAAACAAGGCUACAAGCAAUGGGAUGAAAGGCCAGGCAAAGCAAGUGUUGUUUCCCGCAGAAGCCUCUGGGAAACCGGAAUCAGGAUUGCGCAGCUGGCUUCCCAUAAUUGCGGCUCGUCAGAUGGAUCUGCCAUAUCUUGCAUGAAGUGGCAUAUGGACGUUUCCCAAACGCUCUGCAUGAACAGCUAUUGUACAGCAAAAUCCACAGUGAUGAGAUCCUCCCACUUGGACCUCAAGCAGCAUGUGAGAGAGGCUCUGGGCAACUGGACUAACAAUAGAGGUGACGAUGAGUGGUCUUUAUGUUAG